AUGUUUUCGGACGCUGAAGAUCGUCUGAUGGUGGACCUCUUUCGAGGCUACAAUUCCCUCGUGCAACCCGUACGGAACAAAACCGAACUGCCAAUGAUCAUCAAGAUUGCCAUGCAACUCGUUUUGCUCAUCAAUGUGGAUGAGAAAGAACAAGUGAUGCACACAAACGUAUGGCUUACUCUGAGGUGGCGCGAUUUUCAAUUGCGUUGGGAACCGAAGGACUACGACGGAAUCACUCAGAUUCGUGUUGCGCCCGACAAAAUCUGGUUGCCGGACAUUGUUCUAUUCAAUAAGUGA